AUGCUGUUGUGCUCGAUCAAGUCUCAGCAACACAGAGGAGUGUGUCUUGUGUUUCGGGACUACGUGCCUGAGUUGGACCUCGUUGCGGUGUGCGAAGGCAAGAUGGUCGGCAGCAUUGUGUACUCCAAGUCGAAGAUUGACACAAGUGAUGGUCGAACCAUAGACGAUGUGGUGACUUUUGGGCCCUUGGGCGUCUUGCCGGAGUACCGCAACCGUGGCAUUGCCGCCAAGUUGGUGCAGGAAUCCUUCCGCUUGGCGAAGGACAUGGGCUUCCGCGCAGUGAUCAUCCAAGGAGAUCCUCGUCUUUACGGUCGCCUUGGCUUCCGCUGCGGGGAGAAGUAUGACCUGACCAACGCGGAGGGUCAGUUCAGUGUGUGCCUCAUGGCCUACGAGCUGUACGAAGGAGCUUUGAAAGCAGCCGGAGGAUGCUUCUCGGAAUCGGAGAGCUUUGGGUACAAGGAAGAGGCCCUGGCCGAGUUUGAUGCAUCUUUCCCUGCGAAGGAGAAGGGCGAAUCUGCCUUCCAAAGCGAGUUUGGGGUGCUGAUCACGCUCAACUACAAGAAGGAUCCCAAGUAUGCGGUUUAG